AUGCAUCUGGCACUCGAGACAUUCUUCAUGCUGCUCUUCGUGCUGCUGUUCCUGCUGGGCAUUGGGGCCAACGGCUUCAUCAUACUGGCCCUGGGUGGUGAGUGGCGGCGGCAAGGCCGGCUGCUGCCCCCCCCAGGCCUGGUGCUGCUCACACUGGGCGUGGCGCGCCUCUGCCUGCAGUGGGUGGGCCUGGUCAGCAACUUCUACUACGCCAGGGAUCUGGUGUAGUACUCGCGUGGGCUAGCACGCCAGCUCUUUGGCCUGCACUGGGACUUCCUCAACACAGCCACCUUCUGGCUAGGUGCCUGGCUCAGCAUGCUCUUCUGCACCAAGAUUGCCAGCCUCAGCCACCCUGCCUUCCUCUGGCUCAAGUGGAGGCUACCGGCCUUAGUACCCUGGCUGCUUCUCGGCUCCCUGGCCGUGUCCACUGUGGCCACCCUACUGUUCUUCUGGGGAAACAUCCUCAUGUACCAGGGAUUCUUGACCAGAGACUUCCUGGGGAACAAGACCUACAAGGAGUGCAGCCACAGGCUGGAGAUCCACUAUUUUCUGCCCCUGAAGCUGGUCACGCUGUCAGUGCCCUACUCGCUGUUUCUGGCCUCCAUGGCGCUGCGGAUCGGCUCCCCAUGCGGACAUGCACACAGGAUGCAGCCCCACGAGCCCGACCUGCAGGAACGGCACUUCCAGGCACACCCGCGAGUGCUCAAGUUCCUCGUCUCCUUCCUUGCCCUCUAUGUAGUGUCCUUUGUGUCCCUCAUUGUCGAAGGUGGGCUUCAGAGGGACUGGUACUGGCCAUGGCAGAUCUGCAUCUACCUGUGCACCUCGAUCCACCCGUUUAUCCUCAUCCUCGGCGACCUCAAGCUCCGAGGGGUGUGUAGGCAGCUGCUGCUGCUGGCCAGGGGCUUCCAGGUGGCCUAGGGCACGGGCUCCUUAUCCAGAGCCCCAGGGAACUAGUGAGGAUGCAGGACCACUGCCCACACUAUGGAAAUAUUCCCAUGGACAGAGGGAGCUCCGGGAUG